UUUUCACUCCGUAUUUGCGUUAAAGGCAUUUAUUUUUUACGUUAUUAUGGUGAAUUGUGACUCGCUACGUCGUCAGUGAACAGCGUUAUUUGUGUUUUAAUAGCUUCAGCUACUGAAUACAUAAGGUGGAGAUGGACUUCACAGAGUGCUACGGGGACACAGUGUCCAGUGUUGCCGCUGCAGCUCGGUCAGGUUGCAGGAAGCGAGUGAGGAGGCUGAUAAAAAGAGGAUUCAGCGUUGACUGUCGAGACAACCGCGGCUGGAACGCUCUGCACGAGGCUGCAGCCGCUGGCAGUCAGGGCUGUGUGCAGGAAAUCCUGUCAGCUGUCGGAGGCUCGUCGUCCGGUUGCCGUGCGUACGUGAACUCUCUGACACACGAGGGAGAGUCUGCGUGUUACCUGGCAGCGCAGCACGGACACCUGGCUGUGGUCCGUCUCCUCCUCAAAGCACACGCCAACAUCAACCAGCCAACCAACGACCUGUCCUGCCCUCUCUAUGCAGCUGUAGACGGCGGGCACAAAGAGGUGGUAGAGCUGCUGGUCAGUAAAGGUGCCGAGGUGAACAGGACACACACUGCCUCCUGCUGGACCUGCCUUCAUCAAGCUGUUUAUGAGGGUCACAGUGAAAUCACUCGUAUACUGGUUAGCGUGUGUAACCUGGAGGCUCUGGACGACCACAGGAUCUCUCCUCUGUUUGUAGCUUCUCAGUACGGACAGCAGGAGUGUCUGGAGAUCCUCGUCAACGCUGGAGCCAACGUGAACACCCAGGCGGCUGAUCUGGCCACACCGCUGCUGAUCUCGUCUCAGGAGGGUCACCAGGCCUGUGUGGACUACCUGCUGGAUCACGGAGCCGAUCCCAACGUAGCCUGCAGCUCAGACUGGCCUCAGCUGCCCAUCCAUGCUGCUGCUGAGUUUGGACACAUCGGCAUCCUGAGGAGGCUGAUAGCCGUCACAGAUCGUGUGUGUGACCAUGGCGACGGCAUGGUGAGUCCUCUCUACAUCGCUGUUAACGGCAGUCAGAGUGACAGUGUGGAGCUGCUGUUGAAGGAAGGUUACAGUCCAGACGCUCAGGACUGUACAGCCAGCCUGGGCCUCCGCACACCGCUCUCCUUCGCCCUGUGUCGCUCUCCCAUCAAGCCCUACAGUGAAUCUGUGAGGUUGCUCAUCGCUGCAGGAGCCAGUCUGAGCAAGGACGACUGGAUUUACGCCUUAUCCACCAAUAAAACCGAGCUGCUGCAGCUGAUCCUGGAGCACAGACGUAUUCCUGGUCAGGAGCGUUUCAUCAGGAACUCUUCUACUCCGAGUCACGAAGAGAAAACGGCGUUAAAGCCUCAGGAGCUGAGAGAGCUGCUCUCUGUGGCUCUGAGUCAGGUUCAUUUCUCCUCCUGCUGGCUUCCUCUGCUGCUGAAGGCCGGACUGGAUCCUGCUUUACUGCUUCAGCCCAACAUGUUGGAGCAGGCUCACAGUGAAGUGUUGAAUUAUCUGCUGGAGUUCGUAAACUGGGCGACUCUCUCCUCCCCUUUAAGACAAAUCCUGUGUCGCAGACGAGCCGAGAAGACCUGGGAAGCUUCUCCACAUUUUGAGUCCAUUCCCCGUCUGUCCCACAUGUGUCGUCUGCAGGUGCGGAGCGUGUUGGGACCGGAUCUCCUGAUGAGGACAGAUGUUAUCCAGCUGCUGCCCGUCCCCUCACCGCUGCACCGCUUCCUCCAGUUCAGAGACGUACAGGAAGCUUCCUUCACACACUCGCCUCCGUCACCGCCACUUCUGAAUUAA